AUGUCCAAUGCAUUGUCAUCACCUAGUGCGCUCUUCACAACUCAUGCUUAUUCUACUCAUAUCCAAAUCCUAUCUGUUGCGCGUCUCGGGCUUGGUCUCGGUGCUCUGAUCGCUCCAGCAUUCUUCAGUCAAACCUUGUUCGGCUUUCAAAGUUUAGGAAACAAGACUUCCAACAACAACACUGCCAAUAACACCUCCGUUCGCGCUGGCUCUCCUGAGGAACUUUCGGUAGCCAUUAGGUUGUUUGCAGUGAGAGAUAUCGGUCUUGGGCUCUUGUUGCGCGACUCGGCCUCAGCAGUAGUCGAACGAAGCUUACAGGUCGGAAUGAUAGUCGAUCUACUCAGCGUGCUCUCUGCUGGAAUUGGAUUUAUAGAGGGAACCUUGAGCCAAGAAGUCGCUACGGCUGUUGGCACGGUGGGCGCUGUGAUGGCUGGUGUCGGGGCUUAUGUGCUGAAUAGGUGA